GCCGUGGUGGCUGUAAUCCCAGAAUGCAGAGCGCAUGGCGCGUCAUUGGAGAGGGACGAUGAUGGCGGCGCUCGGUGCACCAGAAGUCAUCACACAGCUGGAAAGCGCUGCCAAAGUUUUAAUGGCACCGCCGUCCAUGGUCAGCACAGAACAGAGGCAGCACGCUGAACAUGUUUUCCUCUCCUUCAGGAAGUCAAAAUCCCCCUUCGCCAUUUGCAAGCACAUCUUGGAGACCAGUAAAGUGGACUAUGUGCUGUUCCAGGCGGCCACCGCCGUCAUGGAGGCCGUGGUGCGAGAGUGGAUCCUGCUGGAGAAGACCAGCAUCGAGUCUCUGCGGGCGUUUCUCCUCACAUACGUCUUACAAAGACCCAAUCUGCAGAAGUACGUCCGCGAGCAGAUCCUUCUGGCCGUGGCCGUCAUCGUGAAGAGGGGUUCCCUCGACAAAAGCAUCAGCUGUAAAAGCAUCUUUCAUGAAGUGGGGCAGCUCAUCAGCAGCGGGAACCCGACGGUGCAAACCCUGGCCUGCUCCAUCCUGACCGCCCUCCUCAGCGAGUUCUCCAGCUCCAGUAAAACCAGCAGCAUCGGCCUCAGCAUGGAGUUCCACGGCAACUGCAAGCGUCUGUUCCAGGAGGAGGGUCUGCGGCAGAUCUUCAUGUUGACCAUGGAGGUGCUGCAGGAGUUCAGCCGCAGAGAAAACCUCAACGCCCAGAUGUCCUCGGUCUUCCAGCGCUACUUGGCUCUGGCCAACCAGGUCCUCAGCUGGAACUUCCUGCCUCUAAAUUUGGGGCGCCACUACAUCGCCAUGUUCGAGGCCACGCAGAACGUCAUGCUGAAGCCUACGGAGUCCUGGAGGGAAGCGCUGCUGGACACUCGCGUCAUGGACCUCUUCUUCACCGUUCACAGGAAGAUUCGCGAGGACUCGGACAUGGCGCAGGACUCCCUCCAGUGCCUGGCCCAGCUGGCCUCCAUGCACGGGCCCAUCUUCCCGGAUGAGAGCGCCCAGGUGUCCUACCUCGCCCACCUGGUGGAGGGCCUCCUCAGCAUGAUCAACGGGAUUGAGAUCGAGGACUCCGAGGCGGUUGGCAUCUCCAAUAUCAUCUCCAAUCUAAUCACCAUGUUCCCACGAAGUAUUUUAACGGCGCUGCCCAGCGAGCUCUUCACCUCCUUCAUCAACUGCCUCACGCUGCUAACCUGCUCGUUUGGACGCAGCGCCGCCCUGGAGGAGGUGCUGGACAAGGACGACAUGGUUUACAUGGAGGCCUACGACAAACUGCUGGAGUCGUGGCUAACGCUCGUUCAGGACGAGGAGCAUUUUCCCCGCGGCUGCUUCGUCCAGCCGGCAAUUCAAGUCUUCAACUCGUACAUCCAGUGUCACUUAGCUGCUCCUGACGGCACCCGCAACCUGUCUGUGAACGGCAUUUCGUCUCACGAAGAGGAAGAAAUCAACGAGCUGCAGGAAGACGACAGAGAGCUGUUCUCAGACCAGCUGUCCAGCAUCGGCAUGUUGGGACGCGUGGCCGCCGACCACUGCAUCCCUCUGCUCACAAGCCUGCUGGAGGACCGGGUGACGCGACUCCACGGUCAACUCCAGAGGACCCAGCAGCACCUCAUGGCCUCGUCUGAUCUCGGAUCAGUGGACCGUAAAGUCCUGGAUGACCUCUACGAAGACAUCCACUGGCUCAUACUGGUCUCAGGGUAUCUACUAGCAGACGAUUCUCAGGGUGAAACCCCGUUGAUCCCCUCGGAGGUGAUGGAGUUCUCCAUCAAACACUCGACAGAAGUCGACAUAAACACGACGCUGCAGAUCCUCGGAUCUCCGGGGGAGAAGGCGUCUUCCAUACCGGGCUGCAACCGCACAGACUCCGUCAUCAGGUUGCUGUCGGCCGUGUUGAGGACGUCGGAGGUCGAGUCCAGAGCGACCAGAGCGAGUCUGACAGAGCUGCUGAGCCCUCAGAUGGGUAAAGACAUCGUGUGGUUCCUCAGACGAUGGGCGAAGACGUAUCUGCUGGUGGACGAGAAGCUCUAUGAGCAGAUCAGCAUCCCCCUGAGCACGGCGUUUGGCGCCGACACCGAGGGCGCCCAGUGGAUCGUGGGAUAUCUCCUGGAGAAGGUGAUCAACAACCUGUCGGUGUGGAGCUCGGAGCCGGAGUUGGCCAACGACACCGUGGAUCUGCUGGUGACGCUGGUAGAGAAGAGGGAGAGGGCCAACAUCGUGGUGCAGUGCGAGAGCUGGUGGAACCUGGCGAAGCAGUUCGCCAGCCGCAGUCCUCCCCUCCACCUGCUGUCCAGCUCCGUGCAGAGGUCCCUGAUGAAGGCUCUGGUCCUGGGAGGCUUCGCGCACAUGGACGCCGACACCAAGCAGCAAUACUGGGCCGAGGUGCUUCAUCCUCUGCAGCAGCGUUUCCUGAACCUCAUCAACCAGGAGAACUUUGCCCAGAUCAGCCAGGAGGAGGCCGUGAAGCAGGAGAUCGUGGCCACGCUGGAGGCGCUGUGCGGCAUCGCGGAGGCGACGCAGAUCGACAACGUGGCUUCGCUCUUCUCGUUCCUCAUGGACUUCCUGUCCAGCUGCAUCGGCCUCAUGGAGGUUUACAGCAACACGCCGGAGACGAUCAACCUCAUCAUUGAGGUUUUUGUGGAAGUGGCUCAUAAGCAGAUCUGUUACCUGGGAGAGACCAAGUCCAUGAAGCUGUACGAAGCGUGUCUGACGCUGCUGCAGGUUUACUCCAAAAACAACCAGAGCCGGAAGCGGAGCGACGCCACGGCCGAGGAGGACCAGUACCAGGACCUGCUGCUCAUCAUGGAGCUGCUCACUAACCUGCUCUCCAAGGAGUUCAUCGACUUCAGCGACACCGACGACGUGUUCAGGAACCAGGACCAGGGGACGCCGGCCUCCAGUCGGACGGUGUCAGCGGCCGACGUGGUUCUUUACGGCGUCAACAUCGUUCUUCCGCUCAUGUCUCAGGACCUGCUCAAGUUCCCGUCUCUGUGUAACCAGUACUACAAGCUCAUCACCUUCAUCUGCGAGAUCUUUCCAGAGAAGAUCCCUCAGCUGCCUGAAGACCUGUUCAAGAGCCUCAUGUUCUCCCUGGAGCUGGGAAUGACCUCGAUGAGCUCAGAAAUCAGUCAGCUGUGUCUGGAGGCUCUGUCUCCUCUGGCCGAACAAUGCGCCAAGAACCAGGAGAAGGACUCGCCUCUGUUCAUCGCCACCCGGCACUUCCUCAAGCUGGUGUUCGACAUGCUGGUCCUGCAGAAACACAACACAGACAUGACGGUGGCAGCGGGAGAAGCUCUGUACACGCUGGUGUGUCUGCACCAGGCCGAGUACUCGGAGCUGGUGGAGACGCUGCUGUCCUCUCAGCGAGACGCCGUCAUCUACCAGCGGCUGGCGGACGCCUUCAACAAGCUGACGGCGUCCAGCACGCCGCCCACCAUGGACCGCAAGCAGAAGCUGGCCUUCCUCAAGAGCCUGGAGGAGUUCGUGGCCAACGUGGGCGGCCUGCUCUGCGUCAAAUAACCACUGGAGAAAGACUCGGCCUCAAAGACGCCCCCCCCAUCCUUUCCCCUAUCUCCCCCUCCCGCCUCAUUCCCUGAGAACUCUGGGUAGAAGGGACGAAGCCUCGGAGUUAACUCUCCGCCUGAAUCCUCUGUCGCCUCCUCGGGUUUUUGUGUUUCCCUCCUCAACCCGUUCACCCCCCGAAAGCGCUGAUUGACAGAUUUGAUUAUGAUGAUGAUGAUGAUGGCGGUGAUGAUGAUGUGGUAACCAUGGAGACGUGCCCUGUUAGACUGAAGCCACAGAGCACUGGUCGCCAUGACGACGAGAGGCGGAGCAGGACGUUGACGGCAUCGUUCUCCCCCUUCCUCCUCCUCCUCCUCCUCCUCCUCCUUCCUCCUCCUCGUGUGCCUGGAGGCCUCAUUAGUUUUGGAUGUAGUUUGAAGGUUUUUUUUAAAGGCGCCAUUUAGUUUUAAGAUUACCAUGGCAACCAACCAACACACACACAGACACACACCCCCAUAAAUGUCACCCCGACUCUUCCCAGAGUGCCUUUGUUCUGCUGAUUUGUUGCGUGUGCUCCACUGACGACAAACGACGCCCGUGCCUGCCACAAACAAACAAACAAACAAACACACAAACAGACAAACAAACACACACGACGGAGAUUCAGCAUCUUUGAGGCUGCGGGGGGAGAAAGGGGGAGGGAAGGGGGGAGACAGGAUGACGGAAAAACCAAAAUCAGAUUGUGUUUCACUAAAAGGGUGUAAAUGUAUAUAUAUAAAUAUAUAAUGUUUUCAAGCAGAGAAGUUCCAGAAAUGUUCGUUGGAAGAAACAAAAAAUGACUUAAAAAAUGUUUUUAUAUGACAGGAGACGGAAUUCAGCUAAAGAGGGAGCAACUUUCUCUGUGUUGACUUUUGAGGUUUGAUAUUGUUUUUUUUGUUUUUGUUGUUUUUUUUUCUUCUUCCUAUCUGGAUCGUAGUUGCCUCCUUUCAGGUGAAGACGCCUUUGGGGGCCUGGGAAGCGUUUAGCAGGUUGAUUUCUGUAGUUAUUUUUCUACCGCGCCGCUCUUCAACAACACACUGGACUGAGGCAGAGACUGUUUGAGUUGAAGGACAGCAAUAACAAACCAAAUACAAAGGAGCAGAGCCACUCGUCGAAGCGUCACGUUCCUCGUUCAGAGCACUACCCCCCCUUCCUUCCUGUAGAUGGCUGUUUUUCUUUUUUUUUUUUUUGUUAAUGAAGUGUAAAAGUGUACAUAAAGUUAUUGUAUAAAACGUUA